CCGUAGGCCCAUUUGUUGGUUUUACGUUUGGCGGUCACGUCGGCGAUAAGACCGCGAUCCUACUCCAUUGGUGUGGUACGAAGCUUUCGGCUUCCAAUUUCAAAUCAACAGAGAAUCUCACAAGGAUAGACGGAGUGAGUGGCACUGUCGUACCCUGGUGUCGAAUCUUCAAGCCCUCGCUUCCAACUAGCGCUCACAAUAACUAUGGAUAGAUAUCAGAGGGUGGAGAAACCUAAGGCUGAGACUCCUAUAAAUGAGAAUGAGAUGCGCAUUACUACUCAGGGCAGGAUGAGGAACUAUAUUACUUAUGCCACCACUCUCCUCCAGGAGAAAGGAUCUGAUGACGUUGUUCUAAAAGCAAUGGGCAGAGCUAUUAAUAAGACUGUUAUGAUCGCUGAACUGAUCAAGCGAAGGAUUGUUGGCCUGCACCAAAAUAAUGCUAUUGGUUCGACUGAUAUUACAGACACGUGGGAGCCUCUUGAAGAAGGCUUACUUCCGUUGGAGACUACUCGCCAUGUUUCAAUGAUCACAAUUACUUUGUCAAAGAAAAAAUUGGACACAUCCUCCUCCGGAUACCAGCCUCCCCUCCCAGCUGAUCAAGUAAAACCUUUAAAUGAAUAUGUAGAGGAAGGAGAAAGCUCACCUAUGGUGCGAGGAAGGGGUCGGGGUCGGGGCCGGGGUCGUGGAAGGGGCUGGGGUGGAGGGAAUUACAAUGGAGGUGUAGAAUAUUAUGGAGAUGGCUGGGAUAGUGGGCGAAGCUAUGGAGGCAGAGGACGUGGCCGAACAAGGGGUCGUGGUAGAGGACGAGGCUAUGGGGGCCAGCCUGCUGGUUACUAUGAUUAUGCUGAAUAUGAUGCACCACCUGCACCACGUGGGCGUGGCCGUGGAAGGGGAAGGGGUUGUGGACGUGGUCGUAUUGGUAGAUUAGAUGGAGCAGGUCGGGGUGUUGCUGCAUGAUCGACUGGGUUGGUUAUCGUGUAUACUUUCAGUUGGAAGAUGGUUUUCUUCUGCUUAGUUCCAUGUGAGAUUUGCUUAUAUUUUGGUAUUUAUUUGGAGUGUAGUGUUGCACCCUGGUCCUUUGCAGUUUUGCCCAAGUCAUUUUUGUUUUUUGUUUUUCCUUUGCCUUCUCUUAUGUAAUUUUUAAGUUAUAAAUUUUCCUCAAUUUUCACUAGGUUGCUGGUUAGGUAUAUUUCCUUCAUAUUCUAAGAUCGAAAGUGUACAAUUUCCUUUUCUUUUAAUAGGAAUUGUGUUAGUAAAUUCUUUCAAUUUUACAUCAGUGGAUGUUGCAUUAACAUACUGUAGUUUGUACCUAUAGAAUUGGAUUGAUAGAUUUUUGGUCAACUGAGUUAUUGUCAAGA